AUACAAGAGAUACAGGUGCUGCUGAUGCCCGUGUUUCCAAGGCACACAAUGCUGCCUUUGUUCAACAUCACAGUGUGUCAGCAACAGAGAAAAGGUCUGGACAUUCAGAUAGAAGGAGAUUACAGGAUCAUGUCUCACAGCCUUCAGCUUUUGUUCACUACAAGCAGCGAAUGAAGAACCAUGGAAUCUGCCAGCGACGAUAUACAGCACCUGCGAACCAAUCUGGCUUGAAGCUGAACUCUGUGAUAGGGUACAACUGCAUUGGAAGAAACAAUAUGGUCUGGCAGCCAGACACAGGUCUGUUUGCCUAUUCUUCUGGUUGUGUUGUUGUUAUUGAAGAUCUGAGCUCAGGGAAGCAACAACAUUUGCAUGGUCACCAAGAGGAAGUGACAUGUCUCGCUCUUCAGUAUGAUAGCCAGUGCCUGACAUCUGCUAGUCCUGCAUUUGGAGAUACACCAUGCCAGAUCUGUGUUUGGGACACACAGACAAAGUCAUGCAAAAGAGUUCUUUUGCAGCAUAAAUUUUCAGUUCAGUGUUUAGCUUACUCUAGGGAUGAUCGCUUCCUCAUUUCUGUUG